AGCGAGUCGGGAGUUGUUUGUUUCUCCGCGCACCCCCCACCGCCCCUCCUUGCGGAGAGAAUCGGGGUGACUGACUGGUCCGAGAGAACGAGCCCCGAACUCGCAGCAGCAAGGAUGAAAUUCAUCUUGGACGUCGUGCUGCUCCUGCCCUUGCUGGUUCUCUUCUCCCUAGAGUCUCUGGUGAAGCUUUUUAUUCCUAAGAAGAAAAAAUCCGUCAGCGGAGAAAUUGUGCUAAUCACUGGAGCGGGACACGGAAUCGGGAGGCAGACCGCCUAUGAAUUUGCCAAACUGAAAAGCAAACUGGUUCUCUGGGAUAUCAAUAAGCAUGGAAUUGAGGAAACAGCUGCGGAAUGCAGGAAGCUGGGUGCCCAGGCCCACCCCUAUGUAGUAGACUGCAGUAACCGCGAAGACAUUUACAACUCUGCCAAGAAGGUCAAGGCUGACGUUGGAGAUGUUAGUAUUUUAAUAAAUAAUGCUGGUGUAGUCUACACGUCUGAUUUGUUUGCUACACAAGACCCUCAGAUUGAAAAGACUUUUGAAGUUAAUGUACUUGCUCAUUUCUGGACCACAAAGGCAUUUCUCCCAGCGAUGAUGGAGAAUAACCACGGCCAUAUUGUCACUGUGGCCUCGGCGGCGGGUCAUACUGUGGUCCCCUUCCUGCUGGCUUAUUGUUCCAGCAAGUUUGCUGCUGUUGGGUUCCAUAGAGCCUUGACGGACGAGCUGGCUGCCUUGGAACGCACGGGAGUCAAGACGACGUGUCUCUGCCCUAAUUUUAUAAACACUGGCUUCAUCAAAAAUCCAAGUACCAGCCUGGGACCCACCCUGGAACCCGAGGAAGUGGUGAACAAGCUGAUGAAUGGGAUCCUGACGGAGGAGAAGAUGAUCUUUGUGCCGUCUUCCAUACGCCUUCUAACGCUUGUGGAAAGGAUCUUUCCUGAGCGUUUCCUGAUGCUCUUAAAACAAAAGGUCAACAUUAAGUUUGACGCAGUCAUUGGCUAUAAAGCGAAGAAGCAAUGAGUGUCCUAUCUUUCUGAAACCUGAUUUGCCAAGUUUAAGUGGAUCUCACCUAAUGCUAAUCAUGAGUUUGAAUGUUGGAACUUCUGCUUCUUCCUAAUUGGUUUCCCUCCCCUCCCCCAGUAUCACUUUUUGAAGCCCUGUCUUCAAUUUUGUGUCUGCUUUUUGUUGACCUGAAAACUAAUUUCCUAUAUCACAGAAGAGACCAAGCGAGUGGACCUGAUGGAAAAAGAAGGGGAAAGGAACAAAAACAAUUUCAUGACAGUAAUUUCCGGGACUUUGUGCUUCAUCCAAAGGCUUUGCAACAUAUGUGUCACAAAUGUCUAUUUAAGAUACGUGCUUAUUUUUAAUUGUGCUGCAAUUGUAUGUAAUUUACGUAUUUCCUUUUCCUGGUCUACAUAAAAUCAGAAGCUUUAAUUUCUUCAAGUACAAUGAAGGACUCUUUCUAGUAGCAUUUUACAGCGAGUUUCAUAAGUUCUUAAACAUUUCGUCUUACACAUGCCCGCUCUGUCUCCUGAGAGAUACCUCACAUUUGAAUACCAAACAUUUCAGCGCAAGGAAACUGGAGCUGGGCAAGUGUGGCAAGAUAAGAACCCCAGGGGACUUAAGAUGACAUUGGGAGAACGUACCCAUGAAUGGCAACCACAAUAAAAGCAUCAAACUUAAA